AUGGCUACGCGAUCUUCAUCAUCGUCACGAACUCGAAAUACUUCAGCAACAAGUUCUAGUGGUUUAAAUCUGUCCCGUGCUCAAGAAAAAGAACAAUUAGAAACACUUAAUAAUCGUUUGGCUGUUUAUAUUGAUACUGUACGACGUUUAGAACACGAUAAUAGAGAAUUAAAAAGUGUUAUUGAAUCAUAUACUGAUACAUAUGAAGUUGAAACAUCGAAAGUUAAAUUAUUAUAUGAACGUGAACUUGAAGAUGCAAAAAAAUUAAUUGAAGAACUUGCAAGAGAUAAAACACGUUUAGAAAUUGGAGCUGAGAAAGCUGAUGCUGAAGCACAAGAUGCAUUAGCUAGACUUGCUCGUAAAGAACGUGAUCUACGUUCUGCUGAAGGUCGACUUAAACAAUAUGAAACCGAAAUUGCUGAAUUAAAAGCACGUAAUGAAGCACUUGUCUAUGAUAAUAAUCGAAAAACAGAUGAUAAUGCAAAUCUACGUGGUCAUAAUGGUGAUCUUGAAAAGCAAGUAAAUGCAUUGAAACGUCAACUUGAAUCUGAAACUCUUCUUCGUAUUGAUCUUGAAAAUAAAAAUAAAACAUUACGUGAAGAAUUACAAUUCAAUCAAGAAGUCCAUGACACAGCUAUUGAUGAAAUUCGCCGACACAAACGUGUAGAAGUAAGAUCAUUUGACGAUGGAUUACGUCAACAAUAUGAUGAUCGUUUAUUACACGAAUUACAACAAUUACGUACGCAAACUGAUCAAGAAAUGCAAGCAUUACGCGAUGAUAUAGCUUCACAAUAUGAAAAAAAAAUUGAAAACUUAGAAAAUUCAAUUCGUCGAAAUGCUGAUCAAGUUGGUUCAUAUAGAACUGAUGUAUCAUCCUAUCGUGAACGUAUUGAAGAUAUAACAAAAUCUCGUAAUGCUUUAAAUGAUAAAGUAUCAUUUCUCGAACAACGUUGUCGUGAUUUGGAAGAUCGUCUUCAUCGUUCACAACAACGACAAGAUGAAGUAUUAGCUGAACGUGAAGAUGAAUUACAACGUUUAAAAUUACAAAUUGAACAAAUGCAAAUUGAUUAUCAAAAUUUACUUGAUAUUAAAAUUGGUCUCGAUCGAGAAAUUGCAACAUAUAGAAAAUUACUUGAGUCCGAAGAAGAACGACUUCAUAUAUCUGGUAAUUCAUCUCGUAUUAGCAGUAGUGGUAGUGAUAUUUUAUAUUCAGAUAUUGCUAGUACAACAGCAACAUCGACUCGUGCAUUUGAUAAUCGUUCACAUGCAUCACGUAAACGUCCUCGUUAUGAUUCCGUUGAACGCCCAUCAGUAAAUACACAAUUACUUGAUGGUAUUAAUAUAAUUGAUGAUGAAAGUUCACAUCCAAAAUUUGUUCAAUUAAUCAAUAAUUCAGCUCGCGAAAUGGCUAUAAGUGGUUGGGUACUUAAACGUAAAGUUGGUUCACAAUCAUAUGAAUAUAAAUUUCCAAGAGGAAUGGUUUUAAAAGCUGGUGCAACAACAACAAUCUGGAGUUCGGAUGUCAAUGAUAUCUCUGUUGAUCCACCAACGAAUUUAAAAUUACGUACAAAUAAAUGGUUUACAACUACGAAUGAAAGUAAAAAGACAAUUUUAGAAGAUACAGAUGGACACGUCGUUACGGAAAAGACAGUUACCGUCAAAUAA